AUGGCUCCCUGGAAGGCGACGGCUGAUGGUAAGGAGCACAGGGUCUCUGAGAGCCAUGAUAAGGAUUCUCGGAAGCGAUGGCUAUUUGUGACCGCGCUUCCUGUCAUUGCGGGCACGCUGUGUGUCAUGGCGAUGAUGUUUAACAUCUGUGCGCUUUCGAGUGAGUGGCAGCAGCCUGUCCAGACCGAUGGGCGGCGGAUCUCUCUUCCAGCCUGGAUGAUCGCCCUACAAGCCGUCUCCUUCGUGAUUGCGGCCUCCGUAUAUAUCAGCUACCUGCUGCUGAUGCGGCGUCAUGAUCAACAAGUCACCUUUUUCUGGGUCAGUGUCCUGGGCUGGCUGAUAGCUGCAGCCCUCUUGUUCAGCGUCAUUGGGGUCACCGUACAGCAACACCGCCGCCUAGCAUCACAACCCCGGUCUGAAUAUACACAAGCCUUCUAUUACGGCGUCUUCGCAGCCACACUGUAUGCGCUAGUGGCCCUCCUGCUGGCGUUAUAUGUGGUGGGCGCGCACCAGAUCCAGCUCAGUCGCCGUAACAGCCGCCGAGUGCAGCGGAUAGACGUUUUGCUGCGGUCGCUCUGGUUGGCGAUUGUGUUGCUCGUCGGCGCGGCUAUCUACCGAGCAGUAGAGGGCUGGUCGCUGCUGGACGCGCUGUAUUUUGCCGACUACACUAUCCUCACUAUUGGCAUCGGCAAUCUUGUGCCCAUCACACAUCUUGGGCGUAGCCUUCUAUUUCCCUACGCCGCCACCGGGAUAAUUGCGCUGGGUCUGAUGGUCAGCGCCAUGAUGUCCUUCACCCACGACAUGCACGAAAUGAAGUUGCACCUGAAGAUGACCCAGAUGCGCGAGAAGUGGGAGCAGCGCGCAAUUUCCGAAGGACAGGAGCUGCCAUUGCCCCGAGGCGCGCAGGUGCGCGAGUUUCACCACACCAAGACACAUUUCCAUAAUAUGAUGCAUCGUAGAGACCUGAUUAUUUUCCUGCUAUCCUGGUUAGUGCUUUGGUUUAUCAGUGCUGCUAUUUUCUGCGUAUCUGAAAAGGAGCAGGACUGGUCCUACUUCGUCGCCCUCUACUUCACCUACACCUCCCUCACUACCAUCGGCUACGGCGACUUCUAUCCCACCAGCAGCCUGGGCAAAGCCUUUUUCGUCUUCUGGUCCCUGCUCGCUCUGCCUAUUCUAACUAAUCUUGUUACUGCCAUGGGUGAGAUCCUACAUCAAGUCCUGGUAUUCUGCUCGGCCACCAUUUGGAAACACUGCGUUGCCGUCGCCAGUAUGGUGCACAGGUAUUACAUUUCAUCCCAUGGAGAAGACAACAAGAGCACACAUCAACCAAAUUCCCAUGGUGCCCACUUGACUCCAUCGCUGCCCAGCACCGAGGUGGAGAGUACGGACCGUCCAACGCCCUCCGCCCCCCAGUCCAUUCAAGAUGGCGGGGUAUCGCAGAGCCUGCUCCACCUCCUGAUCGUCGAGGAAAUGGAAUGGCUGACUACUAUUCUUCGAGAUGGUUUGCAAAGUGAAGAUCUCGGGGUCAUUUGGUCUAGGAUUGUGCCGCUACUGCAUUCAGAUGAGCAGGACAUCGGUCCUCUCGAACCCCAAUGGCUUACUGCAUCGUCGCCAACAUCACAUCUUCACGAACAGAUGAUGAGGCAACUCGAUCUCCACCACCAACCUCAGGAAAGAAACACUGAAAUCCUCUGGAUGCUGACAUUUUUGAUCCAUAAGCUGCGUGCCGAUUUGGGGGUGGAUAGAUCGUGA